CAAAAUUACUUGUCGAGAUGCGUGACUGACAACCGCCAAACGAUUUUGUAUGACAAUGGUCACAAAGCGUGAGCAAAUGUCAUUCCCGCAAAUGCUUUGUUAUUGGAACUCGCCUGUCAAAAACUGAUUUUGUUUAAAUUCUCUGGUAGUUGAAACUUAAAGCACUCUUAAAUGCACAAUCCCUAAGAUAUAUAUAUACAUAUUUAUUGUUUAAUAUAGUAUGGUCAAAUCAUAAUAACAAUUUACUUUUAAAUAAUCUCUAAUAUUUUUGUCAAAAUUCAUUAACGAUAAUUUGAAUACAUAUUUAAAUAAUUUACAGUGUUCUUAUUAAAAUUUGAAUUUGAUUUGAAUUUCCAAAACAAUGGAUAGUAAAGUUCGUCGGAAUGGUCGUUUGAUAGACAUUGUUGAUGAGGAAUGGCGUGCGGAGAUUUUGCCACACGAAGAUAUACAGGUUCCAUUAGAUGAGCUACCAGACCCUGAGGCAGACAGUGCAGACUCACACCUUACUCUCAAAGAACAAAGUCUCAGAUGGCAAGAGAACUUUCCCGAGCCAGCUAAUGUAGAGCAGAAUUAGGCUUAAACUUCAAAACUAUAAUUUAUUUAUAAAAAUUCAAUUAGAGAUGAAAUGGAAAGAAGGAAACAAUAUUUUAUUUUGAUUUAAAUGGCCACAACAAUUUAAGCCUAAAGCUACCAAAUGUUACCAAAUGUACUAAAGGCAAAUUUGUCAUAUACAUUGUGUGGAAAUGUGACAUUAUAUCAUAACAUUCCUCUGGUUCAAAUACAACUUGACCAUCUGGUGAAUCCUGAAAAAACUUUGUAUGUAAAAAUUAAUCUUAUCUUAUUAAUCUAAGUAAUAUAUGAAAAUUAUUUUU